CUCAGUUCUGAAGAAAGUAAGACCUAAACUGGAUUCUGAAGAAAGAGAGAACAUCCUGGAGUAUAAUAUGAUAGUGAGAAUAUUGUGCUCUGAAUUAUGCUGAACUGUUUCCCAGGUGUGACCCAAUCCUUUAUUAGAAGCCAUUGGGCUAUUUUGGGUGAGGCAUUUUAGUAAUGACAUGCUCUUCAUUUUAAACAUCUUUAAUGUGAGUCAUGGUUUAUCACCUGUGUGUGUGUGUGUGUGUGUGUGUGUGUGUGUGUGUUUAUUUCAAAGUAAUGUCUAAGUUGAAAGAAUUAUAACUCAGUAGUCCGUCAUUCAGGCUGCAUGCAUCACCUUGGUAUCCAAGGAAUAACUAAUGCAGACCAGAUGCCUGGUCUUAUGGGAAUGUGCUGGCUUAGUGACAGAUGCCAUCUAAUCUGAUCAUUUAUCUGCCUUAAUUUUGUCCUUUAAUGGCAGCGAAGAGACAAGGAUUUUGUGGACACAAAAACAUUUGUUAUUCAAAUCUAGGAAGUUUAGGUCUUUUGAAAGUAGGGAAGAAUUCCACCAUAGCAUGGGGCAGUCAAAAUCUUAGGGGUUGGUUGAAAGAGGUGGACAGGUAUAUUGUGAGUUUAAGGGGAACUAUCCAGAGUCCAGAACAAUCUGGGAACAGCAGGGACCUCAAGUUAGGACCACACGUGUGAGGUGAAUGGUGCAUGUUUUUCCUUGAUGCUUAGGGACUAAAGUGCCCUCACAUUAGUCAUGUUUGAGCCCCAUUACAUGUGGCCAGGAAGAGGGUGGCCAGGAGUAAGAGAAGUCCCAAAGACCAAAAGCUGCAAAUUGAAUUAUUCUCCACAUUUAAUCCAAAUUAGUUACAUGAGCCAAAUGAUUAGGGACCUUGGAGCAAGUGUCAAUAGUUUCGUAUUAGAAACUUGGAUGGAUUUUUUUUUUUAGAUUUAUAACCAAGAUAUAAAAUUAAAAGUAGGUGAAAGAAUGUGAAUUUAUGAAGCUACCAUGGAAGGAUCAAGAAGGAAGAGGUAAUUGUUCAUGUGUUUUAGCAAGUAAGUUGGAGAUAAAAUAUAAUUUCCAGUCUCCAAGACAUGUUCAGAUUAGUAAAACAUCCAUAAAGUAGGUAGGACAAGUUGGAGUCCAAAUUUGAAAACAAAAUUGAAUUAUGUAGGACAUUAAUAGAUUGGCUUUUAAAUUUUAAUAUAUAGAUCUCUGUGACUUUUUGAGGGGUUUUCAUCCUAGUAAACCCAUCCUAAGUUGAAAGUGUCCUACAUUGAAAAUGCCUUUAAUACACCUAACUACCAGGUAUCAGCUUGAUACAGCUCACUGUAGAGUACAGGUGGUUUCCCUCGUGACAGAGUGGCUGAUGGGAACUAUAGUUUGCUGUGCUGCCCACCAUCACAAGAGUGUUGUGCCACAUGUCCUUAGCCCAACAAAAGAUCCAGGUCUGAAAAUAGUUUCUACUGAGCACACUGUUUUCAUCAUAAAGUCAAAAAAACUCUGAAGUCAAACCAUAAGUCAGAGACCAUCUAUAGUUUUAAAAUGUUCAUUUUAAGAGUUAUAAAUAAGCAAAUAGCUUAGCCCCACCCCACCCCAAUAAAGCAUGUAUUUCUUAUAUAUAAAGGGUACAGUUGGGGGCUGGAGUUGUGGCUCAGUGGCAGAGUGCUUGCCUAGCAUGUGUGAGGCACUGGGUUCGAUCCUUAGCACCACAUACAAAAAUAAGCAAAUAAAAUAAAGGUAACUACCAAAAAAAUUUCUUUAAGUGUACUGUAGACUUAACAUUUGGUUUAAGGCAAAAUCUGUUUGCUAGAUUUAUUAUUUAACAUUCUUUUAGAACCGUUCUUGAAAUGAGCCAGAGGACAGAGGCUAUACAAUAUUAACUUCAGUAGACACUUCCUCUUAAAUAUUACAGCAUGCUUUUACACAGAGUAAACUUCUGUGGCUUUGACUAGGCUUUAUUAGACUGACAAAAUUCUCUUUUCCAACCCCCAUUGCUCUUUUUCCCCCCUUCUCAACCCUCAACACAGAGUUAAAUCAAUACCACUGAAGCCACAUAGCAAUUUUGAGAUCUUUGCAUUAGCUGUUUAAUGUCAAGGGCAAGAUAUUCCUGGUCCCCUGGACCACUCUGGCCUGAGUUUUUCAUAUGACUUGUGGCAAUUCAAAUAUUUGAGAAUCUGUGCAUACAAGAAAGGUGAAACAGGAUUUAAAGAUGAGUGACAGCAAAAUGGCUUGUAAUCUGCACAGUUUAAGAACUAAAAUUAUAAUACAAGGUAGUAUAUAUGAUCACAAAAGGGCAAGAGGAAAAUAUUAAAUAUCUUCUGACUGUAGUGACAUUAGGUCCUUUUCUGAUCUCGUUAAAUCCCAAGAGGAAUUUCUGUAGGUGGAAUCUGAGUCUUUAGAAGGUUAAUUUACUUGCCUCCAGGAUCAUGCAGCUACCAAGAGACAGAGUUGAAAUUUGAUUAGGUCUGGCUGAUCCUAAAAUCUAUGCUUGUCCUCGAUGAGUAAGGUGUCCCCUAGCACUGCUACUGAUGGCUCCCAGGCUCUUUCUGUCUUAGAGCACUUGUCAGGACAUCUGUGCUUAAAUGUCUCAGGAGAACCUCAAGUUUCUUCUUCUAACCCCAAAUCCUCUUGCCUAUUUUGUGAAUGAUCUCACAGCCUCCUGAAGGAAGACCACAGAAGUGGGAGGUUUUCCUCACUCCCCCUCUUUGCCCCACAUUCAGCUGGUGCCAGGUCCAUCCGAUUCCACCACCUUUUCUUAUGCCUCAGAUGCUCCUCUCAGGGUUGCUGUGCAGUUCUAGUUGGCUGCACCGACAUACAUUUUCCAUCUAAACCUCCAAGACUCCAGGCUGCCAGGAGGUUUACUGGAUGAAAUCCCAACACCUCAGUGUCAUUUAAGUGGCAUGUUCAAGGUCCAGUCUCUGCCUGCUUUCCCAGUUCCUUUCUUAGCAACUUUGCCUUGAACCCUACCUCCAAAUCCUUGCCUGUCCCCUGUUUGAUUUAGAACUCAGUUUACCUGGAGCUGCUUUUGAUAGACAAGACUAUUUUCUUCUUUAGAAAGAAGCCAACCACCUCCUGUCCCUUUCAAUAGCCCCUCCCUGGUACUCCUGUCCUCAGGCUUAUCAGUGGCUGUCAUUGUUUCCCCUCCCUGAGCACUAGACUGAGAGAGGGCCAAGCCCCUUUGCCUCUUGAGUAUGCCUUGCUGUGCCUGGCACAUGGAGGCGCUGGAGCAUCUGUCCUAUGAAAGGCUCAACAGAGGAAAAGGUCUCCUGACUGCUCGCUGCCUCUGCCCUCCCUCAGCACUGACUGGCCACUUCACUGCCCACUCUCCCUUCAUGCAUCCUCAGCUCUCUCCGAUGUUUUCAUUUGCUCUGCCCAACCUGGUUUGUUGAGUUGAGCCCUUUGUUGGUAAACCAGGAAUACCAGGUGGAAGGUUCGUUCUCUCGAAACCCCAGAGUUGUGUGAUUAGCAGGACUCCAUUCUUGAAGUUGACCUCCCUGCCAGAGUGUGGAUCGCCUCUUCUAGCAGCACAAAGACCUUGUUUGUGCACCAGUGUGCUGAAUGAAUACAGGGCAUUAUUGCUGGCAGUUGUGUUGGGCACAGUGCAGGGCGUGGGGUUUCUCUGAGACAAACACAGGAAUACCCAGAGAUAAUGUGAGCAGUAUCUCCAAAGUCCAGGGUGAGUCACUGGUAGGUGCUAUUUAGAAUAUCUAGCCUUCUGCCCUACACACCCAGCUGCCUCUCGGGCAGGAAGGUGAGCUGGCUGCUGCUCCUGCUCUGCUCCUGAUUUGUUGUGUGGCAUUUGGUAGAACGUCAUGAUAUGAAUACCUUAAGCCUGCCCCGGAACAUACGCCGUGGGGGGUCGGACACCAACCUCAACUUUGACGUCCCAGAUGGCAUCCUGGACUUCCACAAGGUCAAACUCAGUGCAGACAACCUGAGACAGAAAAUUCUGAAGGUAACAGAACAGAUCAAAAUUGAGCAAACAUCCCGUGAUGGGAAUGUCGCAGAAUAUUUGAAGCUAGUCAGCAGCGCCGACAAGCAGCAGGCGGGGCGCAUCAAGCAGGUCUUUGAGAAGAAGAACCAGAAGUCGGCUCACUCCAUUGCACAGCUGCAGAAGAAGUUAGAGCAGUAUCACAGAAAGCUCCGAGAGAUCGAACAGAAUGGAGCCUCCAGAGGCUCAAAGGACAUUUCCAAAGACAACCUGAAGGACAUACAUCACUCUCUGAAAGAUGCCCACGUGAAGUCUCGAACUGCCCCCCAUGGCAUGGAGAGCAGUAAGUCGGGCAUGCCAGGGGUAUCCCUCACUCCACCUGUGUUCGUUUUCAAUAAGUCCAGAGAGUUUGCCAACUUGAUUCGAAAUAAGUUUGGCAGUGCCGACAACAUCGCGCACUUAAAAAAUUCCUUAGAGGAGUUUAGGCCUGAGGCCAGUGCAAGGGUCUACGGGGGCAGUGCUACCAUCGUGAACAAGUCCAAGUACGGCAGCGAUGACGAGUGUUCGAGCGGCACAUCAGGUUCGGCUGACAGCAAUGGGAACCAGUCCUUCGGGGCUGGUGGGGCUGGCACGCUAGACAGCCAGGGUAAGCUCAGCAUGAUCCUGGAGGAGCUGAGGGAGAUCAAGGACACCCAGGCCCAGCUGGCAGAGGACAUCGAGGCACUGAAGGUGCAGUUUAAGAGGGAAUAUGGUUUCAUUUCUCAGACCCUGCAAGAGGAAAGGUACAGGUACGAGCGCCUGGAAGACCAGCUGCAUGACCUGACGGACCUGCACCAGCAUGAGACGGCCAACCUGAAGCAGGAGUUGGCCAGCGCUGAGGAGAAGGUGGCCUACCAAGCCUAUGAGCGCUCCAGGGACAUCCAGGAAGCCUUGGAAUCCUGCCAGACUCGCAUUUCUAAGCUGGAGCUCCACCAGCAAGAGCAGCAAACCCUGCAGACAGACGCCGUGAACGCCAGGGUGCUCCUGGGGAAGUGCAUCAACGUGGUCCUGGCCUUCAUGACUGUCAUCCUGGUGUGCGUGUCCACCAUCGCCAAGUUCGUCUCACCCAUGAUGAAGAGCCGCUUCCACAUUCUUGGCACCUUCUUUGCUGUGACGAUUCUUGCAAUAUUCUGCAAAAACUGGGACCAUAUUCUGUGUGCCAUAGAAAGGAUAAUAAUACCAAGAUGAAGCCACUGGUUCCUGCCUUCACGUUUUCCCAAGUUUUUAUUUUAAUGAAAACUGUGCAGACUACCAAAUUUUUAAAUGAACAGUUGUGCUGACUGAAGAUUAUAAGGACUGGAACUGUGUGGUGUAAAUAACUACAAUUCUCUUAAUUCGGUAGCAGUUGCCAACUCAGUCCCUGUACUUGGUUAACAUGAAUCUGUUUCAGAGCUCUCCCCACAUUGCUCACUGCCUUAAUCAGACCAGAUUCCCUGCCCACCGGACGAGCCCAGCAUGGUGAAUCCCUAUUUCUUGAGCCCUUGGCAUUAUUAGCAACCUAGAAGAAAAGGGGCCUCCGUCUCUAUUUUCCCUUAAAUCUUUUGUCACAGUUGAGCUUUGUGGUGGUUGUGGUGUCCUGUAAACAGCAAGGAUAUGACAUGAUUUGAGGAGGAGAAGAAAUGUAGGCAUUGGCAAUGCUGAACACCUGUGGCCUGUGGAAGUAUAGCAGAUCUCUGUAUAAUCUGUCCCACUUGGCACAGAUGAGCAUAUGUCCCUAUGUACUCAGUGUUCAGUAGUCAAUCAUACAUGACCUCAUAAUGUGGAAAUCUUACACCUGUUUAUCCAACCGGUCUAUCUUACAAGUUUUGUUGCGCUUUAAAUGGUAAGACACUAGGAUUAUUCCCAGGGAACCACCACCUGAUUUUGUCUUAAUUCCUUAGCAAAUAACCUUUGGAGUAUGCAGAAAUAUUUCCAUUUCCUCAACAAACUGGCUUUGUUAAUUCUGGGCCCUGUGAAAACCAUUCCAGAGUUUUGUGUUUUGGCAAAUCUUAAUUGUGACAAAUCCUCUUUUGAGGAAGGGAUUUUUGUGGGAUCGGUUUUACUCAGGUCUGUGAAGAUGGCAAUACUUACUCAGGAAGUAAAAUCAAAUGAUGCUUGUGUUGCAGGGUGUUUUCUUGAAGAAGGACCGCAAAAUUGUAGUUUGCAAAGCUAACAUCCACUGAGGUAGGAACACUGAAACUGAAAGCAUGAGGAAGAUAUGACAUUUGGUCUAUUUGGAUUGUGACCAGAUGAGUGGAAGCCAUUCACCUGGAUGGAGAUUGAGAGGGUCCUUUUAAGGAUGUGAAAGGCCAGCAAGAAUAGAAUAAAUUAAAUCUAGAAUUUGAGCCAAGAUUGCCAUCUGUCUCUUAGGAUCUCACUGAGAAAAGUUCCAAGGUAAUAGAUUGCCACCCUGCCACUGAAGGAAAGCAUUCACAAGUUAAUAUCUUCGUCCUGUUUGGAGGAUUCUAUCUUCAGCUCAGAUAAUACUUUCUUUUUAAAUCUGUUUCUCUGUAAAACAAAAAGGAAGACAUAGGCGAUUUUAAUGAGAACUGCUAUUCAGCCCCUCCUCCUCCUCCUGGAACCACCCCCACCUUCCCAAGGCCGGUGUAAAGAUGCAGAUUAAUGUAGAUUUUCUUCCAGAAGACGUCAGCUCUCCUGGAUUUAAAUUAAGUGCAAUAUUUUGCUAACAGUUGUUUUUAGGGAAAUCUCCCUGGAAAAAAUGUGACAGUGCCAUGGUUUGAAAGAAUGGAAGAGUUGAGCAUUUACUACAAAGUCUAGCACGUGUGCGUGAGACACGACUCAACCUAUCUAUUUUUUUAAAUGUAAGAUUCAGUAGUUUUUAGUAAAUUCACAAACUGUUCAACCGCAAUCCCAGAUUCCAGACUGAAGCUUUUUUAAAACAAUAAACAUUGUUUCAUGAAAUCUUUGGUUAUAAAGUAUUUUGUAAUCGGAGACAAGGGAGUUACUAGUCCCACCCCAUUGCAUGGUUAUGUCCCCUCUCUGUGCCAGACACCCCCAGGGCUCCCAAGCUGACUGUAUACACUGUGAUCCAUUGAGUCCAGCAGACAGACAAGGGUUCUGGGUCGAGAGCAGGGAAGGAGAAAGAAUGGUGUGCUUGCAUCAGCCUUUAUCCUUAAGAGGAGCUGAGCUCAUCUUACUGCUUGGGGAUCUUUCUGAGGGGUUCUUUGGACAUGCCACAGGUGGGAUGGGUGUCGAUGCUGCUGGUAGUUCAGAGGGAAUGAGUAGGAUUUCUACCUUGAGGCUGAGAGCUCUGGAAGGACCCAGGAAGAGAGCACCAUUCUGUGAGGGCACACGCCACUCUCUGCCAGCCCCUUGCUGUGACUGACACAUCUCAGACCUAGAAUCUGUGUGUCUUCUCCCCAAAGAGAGGAGAGAAGAAAAUGAGAAGCAGCACGCUCUGCCCCCUCCAGUCUGUAGCCAUUAACAGAACCUCCUAGAAACUGGCUCCAUUUGGAAAUAGUGGAGGGCCUAAAUCAUCCGACUUGAUCAUGAAUUCCUUUUAAAAAUUCAUAUUUCCAUUGACUCUCACUAAGUGUCAAAUAACCUUGUUUUCACUUGGACAUGCUCUGCCUACAUGCACAUUUAUUUUAACGUCUCAUGGAAAGUUCAUGAAGCUUUAUUCUCACGCUUUUCCGUGUUCUCCUCUUAAGGAACAUACCUCUUAUUGUUUGUUCUCUUAAUGAAAUAACAUCUUAUAAAUAUACAGUUAAAAAAUAGUGAUAUGGCUGUGACAUAUUCUGGAAUCGGAGAUUUAAUUGACAUUUAAGUCAACUGGCCCCUUGUUUGCACCUUUCCUUGGCAGUAAAAAUCCUGUGCCUGUCUGAAGACGAACACCAGUUGUUGGCUGGGUGAAGUACCUUGUCACUGCAUAAGCCUUAGUGAGCCAUUUAACAUGCGGGAUUCUAGCGGCAGGUUGUUCAGUGACCUAUUAUCAUCAUGAUAACUAGGAUAAUGAUGGUUCAUUAAAGACAAAAACUUAAAAAAUUCUUGUGGGUUUUGAAUUACUUCAGCUCCUCUUUGGGGGUAUGAUUAAGCCAGAACAAAACCUUUUCUUGAAACAAACAAAAAAACCCAUACACACACACACACACACACACACACAGUAAAGCAGCACCUAAAGCACUCCAGGGCUGAUUUUGGACAGCAGACACAGCCGUCAGGCCGGCAUGAUCCCUACAGCCUACUGAUAGGGUGGAAUCUUCUGAAACACCCCUUUCACUUUGGAGAUGCUUGGUAAUUAUCCUGUGGAUCAGCAUUCUCCUGGCUUUAGCCCUCCUCCUGCCUUGUCAGUCUUACUUUCAUUUAGAUUUUGCCCCCAGUGUGUAUUUAUUGCCCUGUCACUUUUCUAGCAUAUCAGGUUUAAUUAUAGGUUCAAUAAUACAGAAGGAACUAGUUUCCCUCAGGCAACUAAUUACAUGUGUCCUUUUCGGUUGAAUUUUAAAUACCAAAUUAUUUUGCAUUGAAUGGGAACGAUGUAUUUAUUUUUUUUACAUUAAAUGCAGAUAGAGUUGUAUUGGUUUGAAACAACUUAAAUACUAAUCUCAAAAUGUGUGAUUAAACAAUGCAUUUUGCUUGUUCCUUUAAUUUUGAAGAGUGGGCUGGGGUUGUGAAGACAUGGCAUUGUUUCAAAUUUCAGGCUUAUCUGGAGGGGUAAGAAGGCUAAGCACACACACUAGAAGGGAGUGAGUCUCUAAAAGAUAAAUCUGAAAACAAUCAGAUUGGCCUAUUCACAACAAAAGUGAGUAAGAAGCUUUAAAAAAUUCCAGGUAACAGGAGCUUGGUAACCCCUAAGGUAGAGGUAGAACUAACCUACGGUUUUCUGAAGUCAAUACAAUUCCGUUUAUAAAAAGCUGGAAAGUAAUGUACCUUGAUUGUUCUAGGAAUGAUUUAUGUGUUGUAGUUUUAAUUUAUUUAAAGCAUGUCUGCCAUGUUUGUCCUAAGAGAAAUGUUUCAACAAAAUGUGCUGUUUAAGAUGCAUUUAGGCAACACUUAGCGGUUUUGAAAGUAGAAACUGGAAAUGUUGAUUGUGAUGUUUGUGAAUUUCCAUUUUGUGAAAUACUACAUAGUUUCACGUCAGACUACAAUUGUAAUUUCUCUGUAGAUCUCCACCCCAUGGUGGUGUCAUCAAUGAAUUCAAAGCAGGUGCCAUUAUUUUUUUAAAUAAACACUUGACAUUAGCUUUGGUGUUAAAUAAAAGAGUUAGCUUUCUUAAAUUUU